AGCAAAAUCCAUAAAAUUCAGUUAUCAAUUGUUGAUCCUAAAUCUGGUGGGUCCUGAAAUGACUCAUAAUCAGUUGGUGUAUAAUUCUCAAAUAUUUCAAGAUUCAGAAGGCUUAUCAACAUUUUGUUCAGAAUUGUCAUCAGGAGGAUUUAUGUUGGGUUUUG